CUACUCUUCGCUGAGCAUGUGGUCUCCGAAGACAUUAUCAACAUGACCGUGAUAGAUGAGUUGGGAUUCUUUACGGUCGGCUACCUAAAACUGGUGGACGAUCAUCUCGCGACAGAGGCAAUAGCACAGCUUUUACAUGCAGAGAUGUAGCCUACAACAGCAUCAUUAGAGUCAUAUUACAUAGCCAUAAAACAUAUGAAAUACAUUGCAAUAUUCUGAUUAUUUGUCAAAGAAACAGAAGACGGAGCGCGACAAACGGACCUGCAAAAGAAUGUAGCUGGGAAUCUCCGGGACUGGCACGAGGCAAUGCUUUAUUGUGGGAGAAACUGCUUGACACUAUACAUGCUUGGAGACUGUGUUACUCUCACACUCCUCUGGGAACACCUCCACUGCAGUCUUCAGAGAUCUGACUAGGAAAACAGACUGUCACUGAACUGUUCUCCAUCACCAUCAGGGAGCCAGGUGGCAGCAUGAGAACACAUCACGGCUGAGAGGUCACCAACAUGGAGACGGACAGCUACACCCCGACCCCGGUCCCCAGCGACUGGGUUGGGAUGGUGGUGAGUGUCGGGGCCCUGGAGGCGGUCUCAGGGGGGAGUGUCUCCUCCAGCACAGCCUGGUACAUGCCCUACUCUCUGGGCUUCCAGGUGUCCCUGACUGCCUUCCUUAUGCUGGAGCUGGUGCUGGGCUUCAGCAGCAACAUGACGGUGCUGGUGCUCUACUGCUCUCAGUCCAACCUGGUCGACUCAGUCAGCAACAUGGUCACGGUCAACCUGCAUGUGCUGGAUGUGGUGUUGUGCGUGCUGUGUCUGCCUCUGACCCUGGUGGUGGUGCUGCUACCCCCAGGGCCAAACCUGGCCCUGCUCUGCUGCUUCCACGAGGCCUGUGUCACCUUUGCCUCCAUCUCUACUGCCAUUAACGUGCUGGUCAUUAGUGUGGACCGCUACGACAUCUCUGUCCGACCCGCCAACCGGUUGCUCACCCCGCGGAGGGCAGGGCUGUUGCUGACUGCUGUCUGGGCCACGUCUCUGGCCGUCUUCUUCAUCCCUUUCCUGGAGGUGGAGUUUCUCACAGGAGGGUCAGAGAAUGGGAAGCACAUCCCCGCCUCAUCCUCCUCCGCCGCCACCACCUUGGCGCCAGUGUGGCGUAACCGGACGCUGCUGUGUGUGGGCGGCCAGGGCUACCACACAGGCUUGGCCAUGUACUACCACCUCCUGCUGCAGGUGCCCAUCUUCUUUACCACGGUGGCAGUCAUGCUGUUCACAUACUCACGGAUCCUGCAGGCCUUGAACAUUCGCAUCGGCUCCCAUAUUAAGAACAGCCAGCGCUUCAGGCGCCCACAUUGUAGGGGGGGCCGUAAGAGACAGAAUCAGAAGACAGGGCUGGGAGUGAUAGAGGGAGGAGAGCAGUGUACAGACACAAGCAAGCCGCUCUCUCACCCUCCCUGCAUCCCCCCCAUCUCCACAGCCACCUCCCCCCCAGCCCUGUCCUCAGACCCUCUGGUCAGCUUAGAAGGCCCUGCCACUGCUGCCCCUGUCCCCGGUCCCACUGUCCAGGCGUCUGUGUCGGCCAUCAUCGCACUGCGGCGGGCUGUGAGGCGUCACCGGGACCGGCGGGAACGCCAGCGGCGCGUCUUCAGGAUGUCCCUCCUCAUCAUCUCCACCUUCCUGGGCUGCUGGGCUCCUCUGUCCAUGGCCAAUUUGCUGAUCCUGGGCCUGGGCCCCAGCGACACCCUGGUCAGCAUGCGCCUGUGGUUCCUGGCCCUGGCCUACGGCACCACAGUCUCCCACCCACUGCUCUAUGCCUUCACGAGGCAGAAGCUGCGGCGUGCCCUCAGGGCCAAGGUAAAGAAGCGGGUGGUGUCCCUGCUGCAGUUGGACCCCUCGCCAGGAGGGACAGUCAUACACAACUCCUGGGUGAAGCCAAGGAAGGGAUGUCAGUUACGGCUGGAGGGCAGCGACGCCACUGGCCGUUGCCUGGCAGAGCCCCUGUGAGAACAGCACAGACUGAGUGUGUAUAACACUACUGACAGACCUGCUCGUUAUACAGGUCUGUGUGAAGGUAAUUGACUCUUCACUAAGCCCCUUCCUCUUAGUUAUUGUUCCUGCCUCGUCAAGGUUUUCCCAGGAAGCCAAAUUCCUCAUUCAAUCCACUGGAGAAAACCCAUCACAAUGAUCUCAAACUGUGUUUUUUAUACACAAUUAAAUGAAACAGACUACCCCUUGCUGAUUAGGAGACUCUCGGGUACAUUGUAGUGGACUCAUCACAAUCGCUUUACAGAAACCUGAUAAAAAUGAAGCUCUUAGUCUGGCUAGCCACUGCCAUGACUCAGCAUGCAGUCAGCUACCACUUUUGGACAGUAGUGUACCCAAUUGCCGUACAUGAGUAAAAGUAAAGAUACCUCCAUAGAAAAUUACUCAAGUAAAAGUCACCCAGUAAAAUACUACUUGAGUAGAAGUGUAAAAGUAUGUGGUCUAAAUAUACUUAAGUAUCAAAAGUAAAAGUAUAAAUCAUUUAAUAUUCCUUUUUAUUAAGUAAACCAGGCGGCACAAUUGUCUUGUUUUUUAUUUAUUUACAGAUAACCAGGGGCACACUCCAACACUCAGACAUAAUUUACAAACUAAGCAUUUGUGUUUAGUGAGUCCGCCAGAUCAGAGGCAAUAUGGGAUGUUCUUUUGAUAAGUGUGUGAAUUGGACCAUUUUCCUGUCCUGCUAAGCAUUUGAAAUAUAAUGAGUACUUUUGGUGUCAGGGAAAAUGUAUGCAGUAAAAAAUACAUUUUCUUUAUGAAUGUAAUGGAGUAAAGGUAAAAGUUGUCAAACUAUAAAUAGCAAAGUACAGAUACUACUGAAGUCGUUUUUUGGGGGGGUAUUUUAAAAUAUUUUUUACUUAAGGACUUUACACCAAUGCUUUUGGACCUAACUAGUUCUCCCGAUCGUAUCCUGAUGUCAACAGCAGAUGAGAGUUGUACUCAUAAUAGGCCUAUAGAUAAUUUAGCUAGCUGACAUGCAUUUGGAGAAAACAAGUUAAAUUAACUGGCUAGCUAGCUAGUGUUAGCAACGUUUUUUAAUGGUGGCCAAUGAGACUGAGAGCUAGCUAGUAAACAAUAGAGCAAAAGUAUAAUUUUUGAAAAAUACUCCAACAGGCUCUGCAUUUCAGGAAUCACAGUAGCAAAUACCCCUAGUGCACUGUUAAAUUAUGUAGCCAUUUAAACAAUUAAUUUUGUGAGCAAAUCUAUCUGAUUUUUCCACUGCCCUCAUUGGCUUCCAUGCUUUUGAAACGAAAACUUGUCAGUGGAUGUUGGACACGCUUGGUUAGAGACCAAUGGUGCAUUCAUGACAAGUCAAACUCGAAACCCCCAAGUUAAUUUUAACUUCAGUUAUUUGUGUAGAGCUUCCAAUUGAUUCUGAUUAGGGUUGCAAGGGGAGGGUAUAUUACUGGAAACUAAGUUUACCAGAAUUUUGACAUCUUUCAAGUAUUUUAUGUAAUCCAUCACAAGACAUCGAGUGGCCCUUUUGGGUACUUCAGAUUUGUAAAGGUGUCUAUAAUUAUGUCUGGCCCUCUGUGUGGCCUUAUCACAUGAGGACCAUGAAAUAAGAUGAUUUAAAUAAAACAAUUACUGACACAGCUGUUAAACAUUAUCCUUAAUAUAAACCAUCAACUUAGUGAAUACCAUUGGUGUUUAAUAUGAGAGUUUCGGUAUGAAAUGUACACUUAUUUAUUUUACUAUGAAAGUAUGUAUUUGUUUUCAAUGUUUUUGGAUGAAAUUGGUGGCAGAUGUGAAAAAGGUAAAGAAGUGUUUUGAAGAGUUUCAGAGUUAAUUGAAAAUAAUGCCAUUGUUGAUUUGAUGCUUUUUUAAAUUAAUUAGGCUAUUCUGUCUUGACAUUUCUUUAUAUAUGAAAUGUAUUCAUAUAUAGUAUUAUUUUUUUAUAUCUGUGUCCAUAUUGUCCAUGAGUUUCUACUAGAUAGACUAUACUGGAAACUCAUGAACAAUAUGGACAUAAAUAUGAAAAAGGAAUACUAUAUAUAUCAAUCAAUCAAAAUUAUUCAAGUAUACAUUACCGAAGUUACAAUAGAUUGCCAUAUAUUUUCUGUUAAUUACUGAAGAUUCCAGUACUUUGGUAAUCUACGAGUAGUUUUGCAAGCCUAAUUCUGAUACUUUCCAAGUGGGAAUCUCGGUACUCAUCUUUCUAUAAUAAGUUUCCAUGUCGUAAAUGUCAGACUUUCUGAGUUCCAAGUAGUCUUAAAUGCACCACAAGGCCCCUAGGUUCUGGUCUAUUCCCAGAGAACUUUAUUUUUAUAUAUUAAAUACUGUACAUGUAGACUGCUUAGUUAUUGCAGGUGAACUGAAGUCUGGCCAAGACAAUUCUCAUGGAUGGCCCCAUAGAGGUCAAAUGUGAAAAUUCCUUUAGUCAUCACCUUUGUACAAAAAAACAUCCAUUGAAUUAUUAUUAUUGUCACUGAGGUCGAUUUUUUUUUAUUUUAU